UCUUCCCCCUCCGGCGCUGGAACUGGAAAGGAUUGUGGUGGUAGGUGAAGGCUUUCUCGGCGGGACGGAGGAAGGUUUUCUGGAUUUGAAUGUGGCGGAAGAGGAAGGAUCAACAAUCUUUGACUACGAUUAGUGGAGAAAACGAAAUGUGGACGAACAGAGGCGGUUUGGCUCGAUGUUAGGGUUUAAAGAGUGAGAAAAUUUAGAGGAAGACCAGAGCAAGUAAGAAAGCACCAAUGAUCUGCUUAUGCCUGAUUAGAUGGAUACGAAUUUAAUCCCAAGAUUGGGUCUUGAAUUUGAAACUUUAGAAGAAGCGUGGCAAUAUUGGGUGAGUUAUGGUGGCAAAACUGGAUUUGGUGUUAGAAAGCAAUAUUUCAGCAAGAGUAGGAAGGAUGGCACCAUAACUUCAUACAGAUACGUGUGUUGCAAGGAAGGUGUACGAAGGCCAGAUAAAAGAGAUUAUAAAACAAUUCAUCCUCGCCCAGAGACAAGAACAGGAUGCAAAGCAAGAAUGACAGUAUCACGCAUAAAUGGAAAAUAUAGAAUUGUUGACUUCGUUGAUGAGCACAAUCACCCGCUUCAUUUUCCAGAAACAGUGCAUUUGAAAGCAUCCCAACGGAAAGAGAAUGAGGAUGAGAAGGAUGUAAAGAUCCGAGAAUUGACUGCUGAGCUACAACGUGAGAGAAAGCGAAGAGCAGUUCUUCAACAACAGCUUGAGAUAAUUUUGAGAGAUGUUGAGGAACAUUCCAUUAAAGUAUCAAAAAGCAUUAAUGAUAGUCUUCAGAGAAUGAGAGAGGUUGAAGAGAAAGCGAAUAGCACCUCAUCCUCCUCGGCAAAGCUAGAUGCUACUAAGUAAUGCAAUUUGAUUCAUGUUUAUACAAAUAGGGGUAUAUUAUUGUCAUGAAAUGUAAUACUUUUUCUCUAGCUUGAUCUAUUGUUUUCAGCUAGUUCUUGUAGAAGCAACAGAAAUAUCCAUAUAGUAAUUUAUUUUGACGA